UCGUCGGUCGAAAAUGUUGAAAUGGCCGAGAAACACUUUCCACUCAAGAGCCGCAUCUUCAGAAGAUGAAAUGUCAACAGCACCGCCCUCGAUAGUCCCUGAUGACACGGAAAGGCAACAAAUUGAAAAGGAGAUCACCCCGGACAAGGUCUCUGCAUUCAAGGGACUCGGCUGGCUAGAUCGCUUUUUGGCAGUGUGGAUUCUUCUCGCCAUGGCCAUAGGCGCAACCCUUCAAAAGGGACAAUUCGUUGGUGUCUCGGCACCAAUCGGUGAGUCUUUCCAAGACAUUCAUAAAGCAACAUUGUGUAUAUUGACAUCUUUCGAAGCUGUUGGCUUGUUAGUUAUGAUGUAUCCGAUUCUGUGCAAAGUCCAAUACGAAACACUGCAUCUUGCAUUCAAGAGCAGGGAACUUUGGAUUCAAGUCGGUUUCAGCAUACUCAUGAAUUGGCUUGUUGCUCCAUUCUUGAUGCUAGGACUAUCAUGGGCAUUUCUGCCAGACGAGAGUGGUCUUCGUGAAGGUCUCAUCCUUGUGGGUAUUGCUCGUUGUAUUGCCAUGGUAUUGAUCUGGACUGGUCUUGCAGGAGGAGACUCGCAGUAUUGUGCCAUUCUAGUCGCCAUCAACUCGAUUCUGCAGAUGGUCUUGUUUGCACCGCUCGCCAUCUUCUUCAUCAAUGUCAUCAGCGACUCAGAUACGCCCAUCUCGUCCUCGUACUCGACAGUAGCCACCAGUGUUGCCGCAUUCUUGGGCAUUCCCCUAGCCGCAGCCAUCAUCACUCGAUUUGCCAUCCGCAAGUUCUCACCCACUUGGUACAACGAAACUUUCCUCAAGUGGCUGGCACCAUGGUCAUUGAUUGGACUACUCUACACCAUCAUCGUCCUGUUCGCAUCACAAGGACACCGCGUCGUGCACCAGAUUGUGUCGGUCGUGCGAGUAGCGGCACCCUUGAUCGUCUACUUUNUCGCAAUCUUCAGUCUUACACUCUGGAUCACACAUAAGCUCGGCUUCGGAUACAAGUUGGCAACGACGCAAAGCUUCACUGCUGCAAGUAAUAACUUUGAGUUGGCGAUUGCUGUUGCCACGGCUACUUUUGGCGCCAACAGCGAUCAAGCACUUGCAGCGACCGUGGGUCCUUUGAUCGAAGUACCCGUGCUAUUAGGCUUGGUGCAUGUAGUGAGGUGGAUAGGGAACAAGCGCCAAUGGAAGGCA